CUGCACUUCACGCGCAAUUUCCCUUGACGACUGACGACACUUUUGUAACGACCAUCUCACAAGCCCCCAGCGCGAGCUAUCGGCGAAGAAAGUCGCGUCGUUUCAUUCGUCGCACCCUCUGUUUUCCGCCGCCGCGCAACGUCAAAUCUACGCGACAGCCACCUUUCCAUCAUCACCCGCGUCCUCCACCAUGGCCGCCGACUUUGCGACCGACUCGCCGCUGGCGAUGCAACUGCAGCAGGUUGUCCAGCCUAAGCUCGCCGAGUUUGGAUGGACAACGGGCGGCGACGACACGACGCUCUUUGAGUACAUUCUGCUGAUGCUGGCCAACGAUAAGAAUGAAGCGCAGGUCGCCGCCGAACUAUCGAAUGACCUGCUAGAUCUGGGCCCGGAGAACACAGAGACACAGCAGUUUGCGCAGUGGUUAUUCGAGCAAAUCGAUUAUCUCCGACAGUCGAGCGGCGGCAAUGGACAGGUUGCGCAGUCGAUCGAGAGCCAAAUGGACAGCACAUCCAACGACCACGUAGCUGCCGGCCAAGAUACAGACAUGGAAGGCGUGUCAGAGGGACAAGGCACAAUUCCCACAGGCCCCAAAGCAAUGCGCAACGGCAGCGGAGCUCAAGCAGGACGCUCAGCACGCGGUGGCCGCAUGCUCAACCAGCUUAACAAAAACAUGGAUCGCAAUAACGAUUCAGCCCUGCAUCGCGUGCGUGGCGCCGGUGGCGGUGUUGGUCGAGUAAACGCACAUGCUCGGGAUCCGCCAAAGGGGCCGCGAGGUCAGAAUAUUGGUCGUGGUCUCGAAGCAAUGGCAAACGGACGGGGCAUGGGCAAUGCCAACGUCAAUAUGGGCCAGAACAACAUGAACGGUAUGCCCAUGGGCGGAAUGCCGGGUAUGCCCAUGAACCCAAUGGGCGGUCAGAACAACAUGAACGGCAUCGGAUUAAACCCGCAACAGCAGAUGGCCCUCAUGCAAAUGUACGAGCAGCAGGCUCAGAUGAUGCAACAGAUCUUCUCGGGUGGCGCCCCAACAGCUUUUGUCAACCCCAACUUUAACCAGAACAACCGCAAUGGAUCCAAGAAGCCGUUGCACCAACGUAUAGACCGGGGCGGCAGGGGCAUGAACCCAAACGCCAAGCCUUUUAAGAAAGACGGUGAAGAUGAGACCAUGGCGGACGGCCCCUCUGGAGAGAAUGGCAGCGGCAUGGACGUUGAAUUGCCCUCAGGGCGCCCAGAGCCAUCAUCAACCAUGUGUAAAUUCAACCUGCGAUGCACAAACCCAGAUUGCCCGUUUGUCCAUCAGUCUCCUGCUGCCAUGCCGGGCAUUACUGUCGACAUGAACGAUACCUGCGACUACGGAGCGGCUUGCAAGAACAAGAAGUGUGUUGGCAAGCACCCCUCGCCUGCGCAAAGACAAAAGUACCAGUCGGAGCAGGAAUGCGCUUUCUGGCCCAACUGCCGCGAUCCCUCAUCAUGUCCGUAUAAGCACCCAACGGCGAAACCGUGUCACAACGGUGCCGACUGCACAGUCGAAGGCUGCAAGUACGGCCACAGUUCGAUUAUGUGUAAGUUUAACCCUUGCCUGAACCCCCGUUGUUUGUACAAGCAUGAGCCGGGUCAAAAGAAGAAUACGACGAACGUGUGGGUGGCGCCCAAGGAAGGCGAGCACGUGAGUGAGAGGAAGUUUGUGGACGAUGAGCAAAAGGAGGAGCUCAUCCUGCCCAACAAGGAUCAGGACAUGAGCCAGGGACACGCACAAACGAGUGAGAGCGUGAAUGUACAAUCAUAGAAUGGCAUGAUUAUGGGUAAAAGAGUUGAGUUGUAGUGGGAUAUGAUACCAUCGGGAGCAGGUAGCUGUUUGGGGAGAGACAUGUACAAUAAGCCUUGUGAAUAGCUGGAUGAGGCAUUACGGUUGGCGGCGCUGCCGUGAAAUUUGGGGGAGAGAAAGGCCUUUGUUUGUUUUUUUGCCCCAAAAAAUGGAAGCUGGUUUCUCUGCGGCUAUCAAUGGCUGCAAAUCUUCUUGUUUA